AAAUGUUUACAUAAAUUACAUAACAUAUCCCCAAAAAAAAUCAAACUAUCAACCACUCAACGCUCGCCACAUAACAGGAUACAUAUCUCCACUGUCAUCACAAACUCCAUAGCUGCAAGCAAGCAAGCAAGAAGUGACUAGUGCACAAACAAGAUCAACGGGUUAUGGCUUUCUCAGCCUCAACACCCACAUCUUAUUUUACCCCUUUUAGCGCUUCAAGUGAGACUUCCCUCCCUUCUUCAUCCUUCAAGCCCAUAAAAAUUCCUGCUUUCUGGCCAUGGCAAAGGGUGAAGGUGGGUCCAAUGAGUGUGUCGCCAAUGGGAUUUGGGACAUGGGCAUGGGGCAACCAACUUCUUUGGGGGUACCAGGAAUCAAUGGACACUGAGCUUCAGCGAGCUUUCAAACUGGCUGUAGACAAUGGAAUCAACCUCUUUGAUACUGCUGAUUCAUAUGGCACUGGCAGGUUGAAUGGUCAGAGCGAAAAGCUACUCGGCAAGUUCAUCAGAGAGUUUCAAGGGAAAAAGCGUGCACAAGAUGAAAUUUUCAUUGCCACCAAGUUCGCAGCAUAUCCAUGGCGCCUUACACCAAAGCAGUUUGUAAAUGCUUGCAAGGCCUCUCUAGAUCGGAUGCAGGUUGAUCAAAUUGGAAUAGGACAACUGCACUGGUCGACUGCAAAUUAUGCUCCUUUGCAGGAGUUAGCUCUUUGGGAUGGUUUAGUGGCAAUGUACGAGAAGGGUUUAGUUCGAGCAGUUGGGGUCAGCAAUUAUGGACCAAAGCAGCUUGUAAAGAUCUAUGAUUACCUCAAAGCCCGUGGAGUUCCCUUAUCCUCAGCUCAGGUGCAAUUUUCUUUGAUAAGCAUGGGAGAAGAUCAGUUGGAGAUCAAGGAUAUAUGUGAUUCUCUGGGAAUACGCUUGAUUGCUUAUAGUCCUUUAGGACUUGGAAUGCUUACUGGGAAAUAUACACCUGACAGACUUCCACGUGGACCACGGGGCUUUCUAUUCAGACAAAUUCUUCCCGGGUUGGAACCUUUGCUGAGUUCACUCGCAGAAAUUGCAAAAAGAAGGCGCAAGACGGUGCCCCAAGUUGCCAUAAAUUGGUGCAUUUCCAAGGGUACAAUUCCAAUACCAGGAAUUAAGACAGUCAAACAAGCAGAGGAAAAUCUUGGUGCACUAGGUUGGAGGUUAGGUUCAGAAGAGGUGCUUCAGUUGGAAUAUGCAGCCCGUGAAUCGCCCAGGAAGAUGAUCCAGAAUAUUUUCCAAACGAGGUGAAGUUGAAUGAAGAUAGAGCCAAGAAAAUUCCAGAGAAACCAUGCAGGGAGUGCGAUUGAAAAGAUUGAUUGCACGACUGCAUAAAAUGCAACCAAAACUAGUAUUCAGGAGAGAACCAUAAAUGGAAGAUGGUUUGCCCUCAGCAAAUCAUUUCAGGGCCAUGCUCGUCCAUGAUACCCAAUUGAAACAGAUCAUAGAGCCCAUUUGUAACCGCAUAAAAAGAAGUUGCAGUACAAUCAUUCAUGAUGCUAACAUUGGCCAUAACAAUUCUAUCAUUCAAUUGAGGCUGUAUUAUCUAUUUUUGCA